UUAAGGACCGGAGGGAGAUCCGCGAGAUUGAUAUGGAGGCGAGCGGUGAUGGGAAACAGGAAGAUCUUGUCCAGUCGUUUUGCGGAAUCACUUCCUGCUCUCGCGAGGAAGCCCGCUUCUUCCUAGAGAGUCACGGCUGGCUCCUCGACUCUGCCCUCCACUCCUACUUCGAGAACAGCGCCGGAGGAGAAGACGAAACAUUUCAACAGGAGCAGCGCCACCCCGAAACCUUAGCCAGCGAUUCCCGGGUGUUAGCAGCCGCUGCGUCGGCGGAGAAUCGGGAUCCCUUGUUAACGGCCCGAUCGCCUGUUUCCAUGAGCAGCUCGAAGGAUAAAAAGCCGGCAACCAGGUCGUCGGGCAGCGGUCCCGCCAUCCGCACGCUCGCGGACCUUAAUCGGCGGAGUUCCGGCCCAGGAUCCGGAAGCGACUCCGAUGAGCCACAGGAGUAUUACACCGGCGGUGAGAAGAGUGGAAUGCUUGUUCAAGAUCCUACCAGUGGUAACCAUGACGUGGAUGCAAUAUUUGAUCAAGCUAGGCAAAUGGGAGCUUUACAAGGACCGUUUGAAAAUCAGCUAUCUUCAAGCUCAAGGAAUUUUACUGGUACUGGUAGACUUCUAUCAGGUGAAUCUGUACCAUCUGUUGUCCAACCACCUGAGAAUGUUGUUCAUAAUAUUUACUUUUGGAGGAAUGGUUUCACUGUUGAUGAUGGUCCAUUGAGGAGGUUUGAUGAUCCUGCAAAUGCAUCCUUUUUAGAGAGUAUUAAGAAAUCUGAGUGCCCAAAAGAGCUAGAGCCAACAGAUAGGAGGUCAGCUGUGCACGUCAAUCUGAUAAGGAGAGAAGAAAAUUGCCCGGAACCAGUGAAACGUCUCAGUCCAUUUCAGGGUGUUGGAAGAACGCUUGGUGGUGGAUCAUCCAGUUCUGAACCUCCCCCAUCCUCCUCUUCUCCUCCCACCCCCUUUUCAGGUCUUUCAGUGGAUGAAUCAUUACCCUUAACUUCAAUUCAACUUAGGUUAGCAGAUGGCACUCGAAUGGUCUCCCGUUUCAAUAUCCGCCACACGAUUGGUGAUAUUCGAGCAUUCAUCGAUGCAUCGAGACCUGGAGCUGCGAGGAACUAUACACUUCAGACUGUUGGUUUCCCACCCAAGCAGCUCACUGAUGUUUCUCACACGAUUGAGCAAGCAGGCCUGGCUAAUUCAGUUGUGAUUCAGAAAUUCUAGUAUUUUGUUUCUUCUAACUCUGAAAAAAUCCUUUAUGCAACAGUAUUAUAUUUUAAAAUAUGUUUGAUAUGAAUUUGGCUGAAAGAAAACCUUAAGGAUUUUUAGUAUGUUAAAUUAUUAUGGAGAAUGCUUUUGAAAUAUUUUAUUAUAAUGUUAUCAAGGUUUUUAUGAUAUAUUAAGAUUGGGAAA